UAGAGAGUCAAUCGCAGUGCAGCUCUGACGAAGAACGGACGCUUUCCUUUUAUUUUAUUCUUUUUUUUUUUUGAGUGGGACGAAAAAGAUAUCCCAAAACAACAAAAAAAAAAAAACACCAUUUAUUGUUAGUGUUUCUCUCGCCAGUGUGUGUGUGUGUAUACAAUCUAAAAAACACCCUUCGUUUUGUUUGUUAUUUCAGUGUGUGUGUGUGUGUGUCGUCAAAACGCCCGUUCAGAUUUGUUCAUUCCCCCCUUCCCAAGCAAACUGGAACUUGAAAGAAGAAACAGAAAAUCAUUUUCCUGUGCUUGUGUGUGUGUGUGUGUGUGGAUUUUACAUCUGGAAGCAUAAACAAAACACAAAAAAAAACGGAAGAAAAAGAAUCAAAAAAAACCCAAACAACAUUUGUGAUGGUGAAAAUGCCGGCCAUGUCUGAAAUGGCAGAUUGCGGUGACGGAGUGAUUAGCGCCGAUGGGUUGUGGGCCCAACUUCGCGACGCAACAGCUAAUCCAUCGGCGUCUGUCGAAGCCGACGUGUUAACAUUGCUGGACUGUCGUUCGGCGGCCGAUUUCGGCGAAUGCCACAUCCGCCGAGCCGUUCACUUGUCCCUGCCGUCCAUCAUGUUGAGACGGCUGGCCGGAGGCAAAGUCACCAUCAGCUCCGUUCUCAAAUCGUCCAACAAUCACGCGACGGACGGCUCCAAAACGCGAUCCUUCCUGCCCACCGCUUCCGCUGGCGGAUCGGCCAACAACAAGAAACAACACACGUUCGUCUUGUGCGGAGGAGUCGGUGACAUUGUCUCCGUUCUACGCAAAUCGCUCAUUCAGGACGGCUGUCCAGUCGUUUGUCUUCAAGGAGGUGUGGAAGAAUUCCGGAACAAAUACCCAGAAUGGUGCGUGACGCGGGAAUCGGAGACGGCCAACCCGAGUGAAGUCCUUCCCAACUUGCGCAUCGGAGGUGAAGGCUUGAGGUCGACGGCGGGUGUCGUCCGCCCACUGAGUCUGAACAAUCGACGACCGGGCUCGCUCGGAUCGCGGUCCGCCUCCGAUUCGGAAGAAGAACGGCCCGAUUCGUCCUUGGAGUCUGGCGAGAUUCGCGUCGAUGACGAGAACGGAAUGCUGGUCGGACCACCGGAGUUCGGUUCCGGCUUCAGCUUGGGUUUGAGCGUUGGACUUCGACUCGGCCUCGAAUCUGAGCCGCUUCCGCCGCUGCUGCUGGACAACGUCGCCCUCGAUUCGGCCGACAUUGGAUUGACGGGACAAUUGGGAGGCAUGAUCCCCAUCAAUGAUAUGGAUCCGUUGGCCGAUCCAGGUUUCCCCGUCGAGAUCCUUCCUCACCUGUUUCUGGGCAACGCCCAAAAUUCCCGCGAUUGUGACGCCCUUGAUAAACAUCGCAUUCGCUACGUGGUCAAUGUGACACCCAAUUUGCCCAACGUUUUCGAGGAUUCCGGAACGAUCCAGUACUUGCAAAUUCCUAUCACGGAUCAUUGGAGUCAAAAUCUGGCCAGUUUCUUCCCUUCCGCCAUUGGCUUCAUUGAUGGAGCUCGAGAGCGGCAGGAAGGCGUUCUAGUCCACUGCCUGGCCGGAAUUUCUCGCUCCGUCACCAUCACAGUGGCUUAUUUGAUGUACAAAAUGUCGAUGAGUUUGAACGACGCGUAUGACUUUGUGCGCCGGAAAAAGUCCAACAUUUCGCCCAACUUCAACUUUAUGGGCCAGCUGCUGGAUUUCGAGCGACAGCUCAAUCCGCCAAGUCCUCAACGUUGUACGUGCCAUCUGUCGGCCAGCGACAGCAAUAAGCCGGAAGAUCACGCCCUGAUCCCGUUCACGCGGCUCUCGAUCGAGGAGCCGGACGACGAGGAAGAGCUACCCUUGUCAGCCGAUGCCAACAUGGGGAUCGAUUCCGGUCUUCCCUCCUCCGUUUCCAUGUCACCGUGUUCGACGGAAUCAUCCGUCGCUUCCUCACCAGCCGUAAUCCAUUCGUCCCCAUCCGGUGGCAGUGGAAACGUCAAGCGCUUGCGCACGCUCGUUUGCCGUUGCCAAGCGUCUCUCUCCCAGUGCCAUUUUACUACCCCGACCACUUUGUAAAUUUAAAAAACAAACAAACACAAAUUUUACCACAACACACACAAACACACACAUCCAAACAUGAUCACACAAAACACGCAAAAAUCAUCGAUGGUAAAAACCACACACACAAACGUGUUUUGAUCCGAUUCGGUGCAUUUUUAAAAUCCUUCUCUUGACCACACAAUUUAAAAAAUUCCUUUUUUAUUUCCCAUAACACGCGUGUCAGUAAUAAGCCAUCUGUUGGCGUUCAGCAUGUCCAGUCCAGAAUUUUUUAUUUUUUUUUUUAAGGAAGAACGGAUUCUCUCCAAUGGUCGGAUGGGUUUGGCGUGCCUUUAUUUUUGCCCCCUUAAUUGUUCCGUCAGAGACGUAAAGUCUUAUGUUCUCUGUUUUUAACAAAUUUCAACCUAGUUUAUAAUUUGUACCUUUUUUACAAACACAUACAAUCCAAACAUACGUUCUCCGUUCACAUCAGGGACGUCGAAUCCUUUUGUUGGUUUUUUUUUUUUUCAAUCAACUUACACACGCGUCUAGAGUUCUGAUAAUUGUCAAUCUAUUCGUGGCUCAAAACCUCCUCCCAGUUCCCCGGACCUCACUUUUAAAUCCCCUUUUUAUGAAUUCAAUCCAGCUUCGUUAAUUUUUUUUUUUCAGGUGCCAAAAAAAGUAAAAAUAAAUAGUAUCAAAGAAAAAAUUAUUUUUUUCCCCUCACCUCUGCGAUGUUUUUGUCUUUUACCCCACCCCAGAAAUGUUGAUGUACCCUGUCAAAUAUGAUAACCCUACAAAUUGUGCACGUUCCAUGGUGUAUAAUAUAUCGAUUUUCUAUUCAA